CAUAACUGCUUGAUGCCAAUAACUGGCACUGCUGUCUGUCCCUAUGAAGCCCCAGGACAAAGAGGUCGGGAACCUCGUCUCUCAAUUCACCUCGUAAUCCGUGUGUAUCACGAAGAUGUAUGUAGGCCAAAGGCCAUUGUGGUUACCACUACUCCACCAUGUCGUGGGCCCCAGAGGAGAAGCAGGCAGAGCCUCCCUCGGGAGACCCUGGGACCAGUGGUGGUGGUGGGUUCAGCAGCGGCCGAGGAAGGCCCAGAGGCGGUGGUCACAGCGGCCACAGUGGACCCCCCAGGUGGCUGGGGUCUAUGCCCUCAGACUCCCAUGAACCACCCCUCUGCUUUAUGCUGAAUAACGAUGUGGUUGGUGCCAUAGUUGGGCGCGGUGGAUCUAAACUAAAAGAUCUACAAAGUUUGACCAGCACAAAAAUACGAAUUAUAAAAGGGGACACCAAAUCAGAAGUAACAAUUUUUGGCAGCAGUGACAUGAAGGCAAAGGCAAAAGCAGAUAUAGAUGCUGUGGUUAAAAGACAAGAAAGGUACAGAUCAGAAGCCAAUAUUGGCCGUACAACACUCCGGCCUUCUGCUACAAGUGGCUCAGUUUCAGCUAACACUGCUGGAGAAGCACGACCAUUGUUGGAUUGGGAUCAAAUUCGUAUGGAAGCUGCAGAGUGGGAAAAAAGAAAAUGGGCCAGCUUACCACAAAUUAGGAAAAAUUUCUACACAGAAUCCGAAGCUACACGAUCAAUGUCCAAAAUACAAGUAGACGAGUGGAGAAAGGAAAAUUUCAAUGUAAUCUGUGAAGACUUGAAAGAUGGUGAAAAACGGCCAAUUCCCAAUCCAACUUGUACAUUUGAGGAUGCUUUUGAGCAGUAUCCUGAACUUAUGAAAAAUGUAAAGGAUGCAGGUUUUCAAAAGCCAACACCAAUUCAGUCACAGGCAUGGCCAAUUAUUCUACAAGGAAUAGAUCUUAUAGGGGUAGCUCAAACAGGAACUGGCAAAACACUGGCAUAUUUAAUGCCUGGGCUAAUUCAUUUGGAUUCCCAACCAACAUCUAGGGAAGAAAGGAAUGGACCUGGCAUGCUAGUCCUUACACCCACUAGAGAAUUAGCUAUUUAGGUGGAAAGUGAAUGUUCUAAAUAUUCCUAUAAAGGUAUAAAAAGUUGCUGCAUAUAUGGUGGUGCAAACAGAGAUGGACAAAUACAAGACAUUGCCAAAGGCGUAGAUAUCAUCACUGCAACUCCUGGAAGACUGAGCAAUCUACAAAUGAAUAAAUUUAUCAACCUAAACAGCAUAACCUAUUUGGUCUUGGAUGAGGCAGAUAAAAUGCUAGAUCUGGGCUUUGAACCCCAGAUCAUGAAGAUUUUAAUAGAUGUGCGCCCAGACAGACAGACUAUUAUGAUGAGUGCAACAUGGCCAGAUACCAUUCGUGGACUUGCAAAUUCUUAUCUGAAAGAACCUAUGAUGGUUUACCUUGACAAAGUUAUCAUAUUUGUCAGCCGAAAAGUUACCGCUGAUGACUUGUCGAGUGAUUUCAGCAUCCAAGGCAUGCCUAUACAGUCACUGCAUGGAGACAGAGAGCAAAGUGAUCGGGAGCAAGCUUUGGAGGACUUCAAAACUGGAAAAGUUAGGAUACUCAUUGUGACUGAUUCAGCAUCCCGGGGUCUUGAUGUUGAUGACAUCACACAUGUAUACAAUUAUGAUUUCCCACAAAAUAUUGAAGAAUAUGUACACAGGGUAGGACGUACAGGAAGAGCAGGAAGGCAUGGCAUCGCAAUUACCCUGAUUACUCCAAAUGAGGCGAAGAUGGCUAAUGAACUGAUUAAAAUUUUGGAACGAGCAAAUCAAUAUGUCCCUAAAGAUCUUGUAACAAUGGUAAAGAAAUAUAUGGUCCAGAAGCGAAUCAUCGCAGAAAAAAAAUCAAAAAUGUUCCAGGGAAGAUAAAGGAAAUUUUUUUAGUGUUGACAAUAAAAAAAGCUUCCAAGGUUAUUAGCAGACUCAAGCCAUUGUUACAAGUGCUCAAGAUAAGAUACCUACUAGCAGUUUCAAGAUAGAAUGAGUUCAUAG